GAUUAUGAAGAUUAUCAAAUUAAAAUGGAGGCUGAUUUAAAGAAGUUAAGAGAAGAAACCGAAACCGGUAAUCCUAACCCACAAAAUCAAGUAGAACUUGGAACUCAAAUCGAGGAAAAAAUUCAAUCGCAAACAGAGGAGGAAAAAUUAUUACUUAGUGAAGCAAUAAAGGAAUCGGAACGAAAAUUUAACGAAAUUUUCGAAGCCAACAAAAACGAGAUUAAUGGUCAAAACGAAGAAGAAAUCGUCCAUCGAUUAGAAAUUGAAAGAGAAAUUCGCUUGACUAUGCAAGAACUAGAAAAAGCCAAAAAUAAUUAUCGUAAUUUACUGGCUAGUGAGAUGGCGGAUAAGCAGGAAGAAAUUAGAAGAAAGUCAAAACUAAAAAGUAAUUUAGAAGCAAAGAAAAAUGAGUUAGAAAAAGCCGUUCGUCAAAUUACCCAAUUAGAGGCUAAAUUAGAAACUACAAGAAGUCUGCUUGAAUCCUACCAAGACCUAACCAAAGAUAACAAUCAAAAAAACGCUGAACUAGAAAAAAAAUUAAAAGACGAGGUAAGAGAAACAAGUGAGGAACAAAAAGAAAUUAUUACGUUAGAUUUAGGGAAAAAGCAAACUGAGAAAAUCAAGAAUUUAGAGAUUGAGAACGAAGAAUUAACUAGAAAAGAAGAUGAGCUUUCAAGGACCCUAAUAACUUUGCAAGAACUAAAAGAACAAUUGGACAGGGAAAACGAAAAUUUACGGGACGAAUUAGAAGAAAACUUACCGCAAAAAAAAUAUUCUUGUUUCUUGUAUAAAAAACUUAGCAAAGAGAGAAAAAAUAAUCUGAAUAAAAACUCGGAAGUUAGAGAAUUAAAAGUUAAAAUUGCUUUUUUGAAUAGUCAACACCAAGUUGCUGACAGCCAAAUUAAUAAUUUAAUUACUCAGUUAGCAGCCACUCGCCAAACACUCACCACGACCGAAGGUGCUCAGGAUAUUUUGGCACGGAUAGUGGUGGAAAAUCACGAAGAACUCCAAGUAAGUCAAACAUUAAAUAUUUCGCAAAAUAUUAAUUUAACCCAAGCCCAAAACGAUUUACAACGAGAGCAAGCCAUUAACUCCACCCAAUUAGCGAGAAUUAACGCCCUGAUUAAGCAAAUUAAUAUUUUCCGUGGUCGUUAUCAGCAAGAGCGGGCAAUCAAUCUGGCUAUAAGUAUUGAUUUACAGCAGGAAAGAAAAGAAAAAGAACAAUUAGAAUCUGAAUUAAAAGCCCUUUUAAUAACUUUACAACAUACUGCACGAGACAGUGAUAAUUAUCGCGAGGGAAAUUGA